AUUAAAUUCUAAACUUUUCAAUCAUAAAACCUUUGAUAUCAUCAUAACAUAAUCCUUUCUUUUUAAGUUUUGAUUAAGCAUAUUCGAGUUCAUCAUUAUAACUAUCAUCAUCAUCAUCAUGGCAUCAUUUUCAUUAUUCAUUAGUGGCCGUGAAGCAGAUGAGAUCUUUGAAGGUCAAGUUCACUUGUAUAAACACCUUUUUGCCUUCUUUGACUCUCUUUGCCUUAAGUGGUGUGUUGACCAAAGCAUACCAAACAUAAUCCACAGCCAUGGUCAACCUAUGACUCUUCAUGAGUUGGUGUCAACUUUGAAAGUUCCACUGGCUAAGGUAAGUGGUGUGCACCGUUUAAUGCGUUAUCUUGCACACAAUAGAUUCUUUGACAUAGUAAGAAUUAGCCAAGAAGAUGAAGAAGAAAAGGAAGCAUAUGCUCUUACUUGUGUCUCAAAGCUCCUUGUUAGAGGUAGUGAUUAUUGUUUAGCUCCAAUGGUUGACCUUAUGCUUGACCCUACUUUCUCAAGUUCAUACCAACAACUUGGGAAGUGGAUUCAUGAUGAGGGAAAUCAAACACCAUUUGCCGUCGCCAUGGGAACAGAUAUUUGGGACUUUCUUAGCAAAAAUCCCAAACAGAUGAAAUACUUCAAUGAUGCAACUGCUAGUGACUCUCAAAUCAUAAACUUGGCAUUGAGAGAUCAUGGUGUUAUCUUUGAAGGGUUGGAAUCAAUUGUAGAUGUUGCUGGAGGAACUGGAAUGGUAGCCAAGUAUAUCUCUGAGACUUUUCCACAUUUGAAAUGCAUAGUUUUUGAUCUUCCACAGGUUGUGAAAAAUCUUGAAGGAACCAACAAUUUGAGUUUUGUUGGUGGGAACAUGUUCCAAUCUAUUCCUAAGGCUGAUGCAGUUCUACUUAAGUAUAUUUUACAUGAUUGGGAUGAUGAUAAUUGCAUAAAGAUAUUGAAAAAAUGCAAAGAUGCUGUUUCUUCAAGUAAUAAUAAAAGAGGGAAAAUAAUUAUCAUAGAUAUUGUGAUAGAUGAUGAAAAACAAGAUCAGCCUGAAAUAACCCUAGCAAAGCUUCAAUUGGAUUUAGCAGUGAUAGCAAAUAAUGGAAAAGAAAGAACCACAGAAGAAUGGAAGAAACUCUUCAUGGAAGCAGAGUGUCAUCAAGACUACAAAAUUUCACCUUUAACCGGACAUAUGUCUCUUAUUGAGAUAUAUAUUUAAACAAUAAUGGUUAAAUGAAAUAAAUAAAGUUGUAAUGUCUUGAUGAAUAGUUUUUUAUAAUAAUAUGUAUAUCUACUAAAUAAUGGUGAAAGGCAAUGCAACGUGUGUCUUGAAUGAUUUUAGGUUCUAUGUAUUAAAUAAAGCCAAAGUGUAUG